CAAAGCUGGGAAGGAGAAAAAGCAAGGAGGGAAAAGGACAAAGUGAAAAGAGCUAGGAGCCACACUGGAGAGUAUAAAAACAUCCUGCUGACCUCUGAUGCACAAGGUAUGAAGAAAACAGACUGUCAUUGACUAUGUGGACAAUCUGGGUGAUAAUCUUCUGGAUUUCAACUGUCCCGAUCAAAGCUGUUCCACCUAUCUGUGACCUCCUGAGCGUCCUGAAAAGGGAGGAAGAAAAGUGUGCUGAGACUCUCUCCCUGGAGGCACAGAACAGAACGACUGAAAAUGAUCUGCUCCUGAGCUCAGGCAGGUGUGCUGGAAUGUGGGAUAACAUGAGUUGCUGGCCUUCAUCCACUGUGGGACAGACUGUCAAUGCUCACUGCCCUGAAUUCUUCCAGAUGCUGACUGGGAAAAAAGGUUUUGUCUACAGAAAUUGUACAAGUGAGGGCUGGUCAGACCCAUAUCCGAGACCUGAUAUUGCUUGUGGCUACAAUGUCAAUGACACGACCAACGAGGCAAGACGUUUCUAUUUCAUGACCUUGAAGACCAUGUACACCGUCGGAUACUGCACCUCCCUCGUGACACUAAUCAUAGCCUUAGCAGUCCUGGCCUCUUUCAGAAGACUUCGCUGCACAAGGAACUACAUCCACAUGCAUCUCUUCACAUCGUUCAUUUUGCGAGCCUCAUCCAACUUCAUCAAGGAUGCCGUUUUGUUUUCCUCCGAAGACAUAAAUUACUGUGGGGCACAAACGGCUGGCUGCAAGCUCACCAUGGUCUUCUUUCAGUAUUGCAUCAUGUCUAACUACAGCUGGCUCCUCGUGGAGGGACUGUACCUCCACACUCUCCUGGUUAUUUCUUUCUUCUCGGAAAGGAAGUUCCUCUGGUGGUUCAUUGUCCUCGGAUGGGGUGCCCCAGCUGUGUUCGUGGCUGCAUGGGCGACUGCCAGGCAGUUCCAUGAAAAUAUUGGGUGUUGGGACAUUAACACUAAUGCCAAUACCUGGUGGAUCAUUAGAGGCCCCAUAGUUUUGUCUAUUUUUAUUAAUUUCAUUCUCUUUGUCAACAUUUUAAGAAUCUUGAUGAGGAAGCUCAGAUCACCUGAAAGACGGAGCAGUGAUUUCAACCAAUACAAGAGACUUGCAAAGUCAACGCUCCUCCUCAUCCCUCUCUUUGGGGUCCACUACAUCAUCUUUGCUUUUUUCCCUGAAGAUGCAAGCAGCGGCACAAUGGAAAUUCAGUUGUUUUUUGAAUUGGCUCUUGGAUCAUUCCAGGGCUUUGUUGUGGCUGUACUUUAUUGUUUUCUUAAUGGUGAGGUUCAGCUGGAAGUUCAGAGAAAAUGGAGGCAGUGGCAUUUAAGCAAACACUUGCGUCAGCACCUCAGCACCUCAGCGAGUAACGGAGGAAGCGGCUUGACUCAAGAGAUGCACAUGGUGAGGUCGAGCCCACCAGAGCACAGGAGAGAAACCCUCCAAAGAUCAAGCGUGCUUUAACACUGUAUGCCUGGAGGAUCCCUCCAUGCUCAGACACACAUGGCUAA